AUGAGUGCUGAGCUCGAUCCAACUGUUGCAAAGGUCCUCGAUAAGGAACGCCCGGAUGCUGAAGAAAACGACGACAAGGAAGAUGAGCUUCUGGACGAGCUUGAGGCAGACGAGGCGGCAUUGGACGCGUUCCGCGAGAAGAGGAUGCAACAGUUGCAUGAUGAGAUGAUGAGAGCACGACAGAUGAGAGACCAAGCUCACGGAGGAUAUGAAGAAUCCACAUCAGAGAAGGAGGUUAUGGAUUUCACCACCUCUACAAAAUACACAAUAAUCCACUUCUUUCACCCUGAUUUCCGGCGUUGUCAGAUCAUGGAUACCCACCUUUCCACUCUCGCACCUAAACACUUUGACACCCGUUUCGCUCGUAUACAUGUCGAGAACGCACCCUUCCUCGUAGAGCGACUGAAAAUUGUCGUUCUACCAUGCCUUAUCUCAUUCAUUGAUGGCAAAAGUGUAGAUCGUAUCGAGGGCUUCGCAGAGUUGGGAAAUACUGAUAACUUCAGCACUGCUAUGUUGGAGAACCGGUUGCUUGCUUGCGGAGUACUUCAGCGGGCAAAGACGGAGGAUACUGGUAGAAUCACGGGAGGAAUAUUCAAAACCAAGGUGGUGGAGAGUGACGAUGACGAUGACUGGGAUUAG